AUGAAGUCGCACGAGAUCAUCUUUGGGUCACAGGUUCGUGUGUUACUCCUUGGACUUGACUCAGCAGGAAAAUCAACCCUUCUUUAUCGAUUGUCUUCAGGACAAGCCGUCAUGACACUUCCAACAAUUGGCUCAAAUGUUGAAAUUGUGAAGUACGAAAAGACUAAAAUGCGGGUCUUGGACAUCGGGGGGCAAGAAGUGAUGCGGCCCUUCUGGCGGUGCAACUUCCCCAAAACAAAUGUCGUCAUCUUUGUUGUCGACUCGUGCGACAAAGAAAGACUUCCACAAGUCGCGCAGGAGAUUUCUUUGAUCGGACAGGAGAAGUGUUUGAAGAAGAGCGUCUUAGCCAUCUUCGCGAAUAAACAGGACGACUCACGACACGCUAUCGCUAUCGAGCAGUUGAAGACCGAACUUAAACUUGAUCAACUCAAUAUCCAAUGGCAAGUCUUCGCGACAAGUGGAAAGACGGGAAUGGGUAUUAACGAUGGGAUGAACUGGAUUGUGAGCCACUGUAAAUAG